CUGAAGGCUGAACGCUAGCGUGGGAGGGUUCAAAGUCAAUUCGGGGGGUCCACUGUCGGUGGAAGCGAGUUGGGCAAGUCGAUAUAUUGUUUCGUUCCAUUGCAUGUCCCCUCAUAUCGAAGAUCUCAUGAAUUACUCUUCUCUUUACUGUCAAAUUCUUAUCUGAUUGCCUGCUCUGUGGCCAACGAGCUGAUAUCAUCAUGACAGUCAACGUCUUUGCUGUUCCCAGUACGUCGAUAUCUGAUGUGAAGGCCCUUGAUUAGUGACAGUUCUGACGUCUGGCUUUCGAAUAGUCUUCUUCAUUUGUUUUCGAGAAUGUCUCGAAACAAGCAUCAUCGUCUCCGUCCUUCUCGCAUUCUUGAAGCAGAGCGUCGGCGGCGAAGGCGAUAAAGAAACCUACAAACGCCUUCUCAAACAGGUAUGGAUCGGAGUAGGUCUUGGCCUCGCCAUCUGCAUCUGCAUCGGCGCCGGCAUGAUCGGAGCAUUCUACUCCCUCGGCAAAGACGUCUUUAGCAAGACUGAAGAUAUCUGGGAGGGAAGCUUCAGUCUUAUUGCAGCGAUUAUUAUCUCCAUUAUGGGUGCUGCGCUUCUGAGAGUGAACAAACUCCAGGAGAAGUGGCGUGUUAAGCUCAUGCAGGCUCUUGAUAAGAAAGAUGCGGUCGCUACUUCCGGUAUCAUGAGCCGUUUCAAGCUCUGGUCGGAGAAGCACGUCAUGUUCAUUCUGCCUUUCAUUACCGUCCUGAGAGAGGGCCUUGAGGCGGUUGUGUAUAUUGGUGGUGUCAGUUUAGGACUUCCGGCUUCGUCGUUUCCUUUGGCUGUCAUUUGCGGUCUUGCUGCUGGGUGCGUUGUUGGAUACAUCAUUUACAGAGGAGGAAACACUACAUCACUCCAGAUCUUCCUCAUCAUCUCCACCGGCUUCUUGUACCUCGUCGCCGCUGGUCUCUUCAGUAAAGCCGUCUGGGCCUUCGAGAUCCAUGCCUGGAACAACAUCAUCGGCGGUGAUGCAGCCGAAGUCGGCUCUGGCCCUGGCUCUUACGACAUCCACAAGAGUGUCUGGCACGUCAACUGCUGCAACGCUGAGCUGAAUGGUGGUGGUGGCUGGGGUAUUUUCAACGCCAUCCUUGGCUGGCAAAACUCUGCGACUAUCGGAUCUGUUGUCUCGUACAACGUUUAUUGGCUUGUCGUUAUCAUCUGCUUCUGCUCAAUGACUUACAUGGAGCGAUACGGCAAUCUUGGUGUUUUUACACCACUUACGACAUGCUUUGGUCUGCGCAAGAAAAAGACAGUCCCUGAGAAGCCGAGCAGCAUUGAGAAUGAGCUUAUGCUUUCAAAUGGAGAUGACAAGACUGCUACGCCAGUCGUGAACAGCCUUUAAAUGACAGACACUGUAUAAUACCUAUACUUGAAAAGCAAUUGUGACAAAUACAACUCGAAUUAAAAAGACAGCUUUAAUUGUUUAAGUGUGAAAUGUUGGAGAAGUUGGCUUAGUCUGUUCUCCAACGACCCACCUCAAGUGCAAAAAUUUGCAAAAGGAAAGAUCCGAAGACCGAGUGUCGACCACGCCAGGAGUCGAACCUGGAAUCUCUAGAGAGUUCAGAAGAGGGAGACCGAAAUCUAGCGCCUUAGCCAUUAGGCCACGCGGCCGGUGCAUUUGAUAGAAUACGAGCGCAGUAUCUUGGUUCAGAUCCCAUUUGCUGAGAACCAAUGCCGCUGUCUCACAACACCAGUUGCCUUUGCUAAGGUCUGCAUCAAUUCGACAAAGGUGCGACAACAGCGAUGGAUCUCAUCUCUCAAGAUGUCUCUCACAUGGUAUGGAUAAGUCUUUGUCAUGCCUUUGGGAGUCAGUGCUGGAACGAAUGCUGUCCUGGUCAUAACUUAUAAGCAAGCUCGUUCCAGGUAGCUUUGCUCUAUUUUAGGCAUCGCACGGCGCUAGAUUUCUGUGGAGUCAGGGCAUUCUCAGUGUAUCAUAAGUAUUGAGGAGGAAAUUUUGUCUGUACAUAUCUCCAAUCAUGUCUAUAUGCUCGAAAAGAGCAGAGUGAGGGUAGGGUUAGGC